CGCCGCCGCGGCCGCCGGAGGAGGGAGCAGCUCGGCCGGCUCCGCCAGCUUCAUGUUUCCUGUAACUGGUGGACUUGGCCCUCAGGGGAUGUUUCCAAUACAACAGCAAGGCUUUCCAAUGGUAUCCGUCAUGCAGCACAACAUGCAGGGCAUGAUGGGAAUGAAUUACGGCUCUCAGAUGCCUCCCGGAACGAUGGCCAUGCAGGGUGGCAUGCCUUUGGGUCCUAUGCCUGCAUCUGGGAUGCAAUUCAUGGGGCAGGCUCCCUUCCUAGGAAUGCGCGCUGCAGCUCCCCAGUACACGCCCGAUAUGAGGAAGCAGUAUGCCGAAGAACAGCAGAAACGAUUUGAACACCAGCAAAAGUUUUUGGAAGAAGAAAGGAAAAGGCGCCAGUUUGAAGAACAGAAACAAAAGCUGAGGCUUUUAAGCAGUGUGAAACCAAAGAUGGGUGAGAAAAGCAGAGAUGAUGCACUAGAGGCCAUUAAAGGGAACCUGGAUGGCUUUUCCAGAGAUGCUAAACUCCACCCCACGCCAACGUCACAUCCAAAAAAUGCAGAUCAUCCCACACCAUCCCAUUCCACUGUGCCUGUCUCCCAAAACUCUGCCUUUCUUGACGACGAGGAAUUUAGUGACUUUAUACAGGGGCCUGUUGAAACCCCACCAUUCGGGCCUCCAACCUCUUCCCAGCCUUUUCAGUCUUGCCAUCCUUCUUCCCAGGCUGGGCAACGGCUUUCAGAGAAGGCUGUGGCCCAGACUCUCCCUCCAAUCCAGCUUCCUGUGUCCUUCGUUCAGCACGGAACCAUGGGGCAGGUUCCCUAUUUCCCUGGUUCUCCAGCCACACAAAACACUCAGAAAACAGGCCCUUCCUUGGAAGAGAAGCCCUUACCUCCUUGUGAGUUGAGUGAGUUGGGGCAGACUCAAAUCAUACUCAAAACGCCCGAAGUUGAGCUCAGUGCUGCAGCUCCGGCUGUGAACUGCACUGAUCCCAGUUUAGCUGCCAGUAACUGGAAGGCCGUAGGGGCGCUCCCAAAUGGCAGUGCCGGUCCAGAGGCAAACGAAGCUUCAAAGCAAAAGCUGUCAGUUAACGAGCGUGGUGUUGGAGUAUUUCCUUCACAGGAUCCAAUCCAGCAACUGAUGCCUCCAUGGAUUUACAACGAUAAUUUAGUUCCAGAUUUAUACAAGAAAAUUUUGGAAACCACUAUGACACCUGCUGGGAUAGACACUGGCAAGCUGUAUCCCAUUCUCAUGUCCUCUGGGCUUCCCAGGGAGACUCUUGGACAAAUUUGGGCCUUAGCCAAUCGGACCACUCCUGGGAAGCUUACCAAAGAAGAACUGUAUUCUGUUCUGGCUAUGAUUGCGGUGACUCAGAGAGGAGUUCCAGCCAUGAGUCCUGACAGUCUCAACCAGUUUCCUUCAGCCCCAAUCCCUACACUAAGUGGGCUUCCAAUGGCGAUUCCGGUCACUGUGGGCCAGCAGCCGAUGAUGCCCACCGGGCAGCCAGUCUCCAUGCCCCUUAAUCUGGGGCCUCCUCUUGUGGGGAUCAGCAUGGCAGCGCCCGUGAGUGGAUCUGCAGCACAGGCUCCCAGCAAUUUCAUGCAGACUUUCCCUGUGGUCCAGGCAGCCAAACCAGAUGAUGACGACUUCCAGGAUUUCCAAGACGCUUCUAAGUCAGGAGGGCUUGAUGAUACCUUUACAGAUUUUCAAAGGGAGGUGCCUGGAUCAAGCAAAGCAACCGCAGCACAACUCCGGAGCAGCGCUCCUUCGAUGCUGAUACCUCUUUCUGGCACAGAAAUGCUGCCGGCAGUGGAUAAAUACGCUGUUUUUAAAAGGAUCACCUCUGACAAACCUGCUGAAGGCACAGCCUCGCUUGGAGAUUACGGGGACAAAUACAGCGCUUUUCGAGAACUGGAGCAGCCAUCCGAGAGUAAAUCCAUAGGAGACAGCUUCGCAGAAUUCAAAUCUGCAGGAACCGACGAUGGCUUCACAGAUUUCAAAACGGCGGACAGCGUCUCUCCCCUAGACCCACCGACAAAAGAUAAACCCUUUCUUCCACCUUUCUCUUCUCUACCUACCCAGUCAAAGCCGCAGUCACAAGUCAAGCAGUCUCUGAAUUUGGCAGAGUUGGAUCUGUUUUCCUCAGCCCCUGCCGGAGAGAACAGACCUCUUCCCGUUCCAGCUGCCUACAAUUCCCCAAAACUGGCAUCUUUCCCUGCCCCACCACCUGCAACAUCAGCUGCUGCUGCUCUGCCAGUGGCCAGCAAUAGCUCAAUUUUGGCCGACGAUUUUGCCGACUUCAACCUAUUUGGGGGGAUGUCAAAUUGCACCUCGGCCACAACUCAGGAUGAAUUUGCAGAUUUCAUGGCCUUUGGAAACAGCGCCAGCUCUUCCAAGCCACCAGUAGAUGAGAAAUACAGCUCCCUCAAGCAGGAAGGCAGCCCCAUUCCUCCACCUGGCUGCUUAGCCAAUGCUGUGAAAAGUCCAGCUCCCGCUUCCACCAAAUAUGACAUCUUCAAACAGCUGUCUCUGGAUGGCCCUGGAUUAGGCUUUGAGGAGCUGAAGGACCACACCCCUUCAUCAGUGAAGAGCGAAGAUGACUUUCCCGACUUACACUCAAACAGGUUUUCCUCGAGUUCUGAAAAAUCCCUGGUUGACAAACUGGCUGCUUUCAAGCAUGCCAAAGAGGAUUCAGCCUCUGUCAAGUCCCUGGAUCUCCCAUCCAUUGGGGGCAGCAGUGUAGGAAAGGAAGACUCCGAAGAUGCACUCUCUGUUCAGUUGGACAUGAAACUGGCGGACGUAGGAGGCGACCUUAAGCAUGUCAUGUCAGAUAGUUCUUUGGAUUUGCCAACCGUUAGUGGCCAACAUCCGCCGGCAGCAGAUGUUGAUGACUUGAAAUGUGCCCCUUUUGGAAGCUGUAGCAAUGGCUCUGCUCUAAGUAGCUUCCCAAGCUAUGAUUGGUCUGAAAAGGAAGACAUCUACUCAAGUAAGAAGUCUACCUCCUUUUCCAUUCCUCCAGGAAGUGGAUCCUCCUUGGCUACCUCAGUCCUCCAGAAGAAGGAGACUUUCUUUGGCAGCUCAGAAAAUAUCACCAUGACCACUGUUUCCAAAGUGACAACCUUUGCUAGUGAGGAUGCUCUUCAGGAUGGGAAGUUUUUGCCCUGCACAGACUUCAAAGAUUCUGAACCUCGGUCUGCGGACCAGAGUGAUGAUGAUGUCGAAGACUUUGGAGAGUUUGCACGGCCUUUGGGAGAGACAUGUGAGAAAUUCGCCACUGGUACGAUCCAAGAGGCUGGAUCAGCUGGUGUCUCCUUGGAAACCUCCAAAGAAAGCACAGAUGACUUUGGGGAGUUUCAGAGUGAAAAGCCAAAGAUCACCAAGUUCGACUUCUUGCUGGCAACUUCCCAAGGGAAAGUAAAGUCGAGUGAGGAGAUGAUCAGGAGUGAGCUUGCAACCUUUGAUCUCUCUGUUCAAGGAUCUCACAAAAGGAGUCUGAGUUUGGGUGAUAGGGAGAUCAGUCGCUCCUCGCCUUUGCCACCUGUGGAGCAACCCUUUCGAGAUCGGUCAAAUACUCUCAGUGAGAAGCCUGCCCUGCCUGUCAUUCGAGACAAAUACAAGGAUCUUACAGGGGAAGUUGAGGAAAGUGAGAGAUAUGCUUAUGAAUGGCAGAGAUGCUUAGAAAGUGCCCUCCAAGUCAUCAGGAAGGCCAAUGAUACCCUGAACGGAAUCAGCAGUUCAUCUGUGUGCACAGAAGUAAUCCAGUCUGCACAAGGCAUGGAAUAUUUAUUAGGGGUCGUCGAGGUUUAUAGAGUCACGAAACGGGUUGAGCUGGGCAUCAAGGCGACGGCAGUCUGUAGCGAGAAGCUGCAGCUACUGCUGAAGGACAUCGAUAAAGUGUGGAACAACUUGAUUGGCUUCAUGUCGCUCGCCGCUUUAACGCCUGAUGAAAACUCACUGGAUUUCUCCUCUUGCAUGCUUCGCCCAGGAAUUAAAAACGCCCAGGACCUGGCCUGUGGGGUCUGUCUGUUAAAUGUAAAUUCCCGAAGCAAAAGAGAAGAGAAGCCUGCAGAAGACCAUCCUAGAGAAGCCUUCAACUCAGAAACGGACAACUUCAAGCUUGCCUACGGAGGACACCAGUACCAUGCCAGCUGCGCCAACUUCUGGAUCAACUGUGUGGAACCCAAACCCCCCGGCCUCAUCCUGCCCGACCUGCUUUAAGCGGAUUUCAGUCAAAGUCAUCUUGGUCUCGACAGGGAGCUACUGAUUCACUGGACAAGGGGUGAGGGUGGAAGAGGCUAGUCAGCAAGUACUUUUGGAAACUCUCCUGAGCCUAGUGGUUAGAGUAUUUAUGACAUGAUUGUUUUAGGUGAGAAUCUUACCUUGAAAGGGUGGAAGCCACUAUUUUUUUUAAUCUACAAGUUUCUUGUGAAGGACUUGGCAAGGGUUGGAAAUACCCACUGAUCUUUGAAAUUUUGCACUGAGGCCCAAAGCUGCAUUUCACGAGCGGCGUUCAUCCAGUCUCUUUCAGGUGUGGCAAAUUGCUGUUCUUUUACUGAGGGCCUGGUGGAGGCCCCAAACGCCCCUCUUCCCCCUUUGCCUCUCAGGGGUUACGGAAAUGGCUCCAUCCCCCGCCAUGGAAAGUCAAAGGGAGUUAGGUUGCUAGGUUUGAUCUGGGGUGGUCGGUGGUUGCGUGCUGUUCGACGAUUCCCCAUUUCUGGACCUGCCUUUGUGCUUUUAAAAUGAGCUUAACUGUCCUAGAUUCCCUCUUCCUCUGCGUCCCCCUCCCCCAGCCCACCUGGAAAAUUGCUCUUUCCCGAACAAACCUGCUGGCGGUCGUUCUCAGGCCCAUCACAGUCUGUUCAUGGUGCUUGGGUUGCCAGUGAAGAGAUAGGCCGUGGCUCUUUUAUGGUCCUGCAGACCUGUCCAUAAUAAUUCAGGCUCUGUGUUUUAAGAAUAAGGUGUCCCAAGAGGGCAGUAUGGAAUAUUAACAGGAAAAAUGUGCAUUUAGGGAGGGGAAGGGGUGGCUUUGUGGAGUGAAGUGUGCCUUUUCCAAAUGGGCAUUACCACUAUCAGCGAGUUGCUAAGCUUGCUGCAAGCAAAGAGAGCCUCGUGUAGGUGUGAACAAAACCAGCGGCCUUCUAGAUGGCAUUGGGCAAUAACUCCCCAUCAGUCUCAGCCAACGUGCACCAUUGCCAGAGUGAUGGGGGUUGUAGUCCAGCAGCAUCUGGAGGGCCAUUGGUUCCCCUGCCUUGAUUCAAUGGUCAUAUCUGAAACUCAUGCCAGUAGAAACCCUCUUCUUGGGAACAUUUAAUCUGUUAAGGGAGUACCUUGUAUUGUCUUGUGGCUUAGAUUAUAAGAGAUGUAGUGAAGCAGCACAGGCGGUUGCUUUUACUGCUGUAGCGCAGCACUGAAAUUGAAUGGGGCUUUUUAACGAGGCUUAAUGAAGCAGGAGCCCAGAUUGUAGCAUUAAAAAGUGGGUAAUUUCAACUUUUCAGAAACUGGCCUCCAGUGUCCCUUCUUGCUUUGACUCCAGCCAGUUUGAAGGUUAACUUUACUCAGUGUUCUUCAGUGCCUGGCAUCAAUCUGUUACGGCCACUUGACACUCUGAGAACAAGUGAUGUCCCAUUCCCAACAUGCUGGGCUUGGGAAUCAGCAGCUUUUCCCAUUCUUUCUUAUUCCGCAUCGAGAACAUUGCAUAAAGCUGGUCCAUGUGAGGGGAUGUCAGAAAGGUUUCUCCCAGUGCCCCUGUGUGCACAUGUUUCCCAUGUGCCUAGCUGUGCGUCUCCUCCACUGAAAACUGAGCAUGCCCUGAAGACUGGAAUCGGGAGUGCCAGACUUACAAUAUGAAAAUCCCAGCAAGAGUGAGUCCUAGGGAAUAUUCAUGGCAUGUGAGAUUUGGAUUCUCACUUUGGAGCAGCAGGUGCUGGAGUAUAUCUGUAUGUCUUUUUAGCAUGUGGUGCAUUAUUUCCUCUGGAUUCUUUCUCUUGUGGUCGACAGUAGACCCCUCCCUAAGCACUAGUUGGACAUCAUAAAUACCUGCUGUCACCAUACCAGGGCGUUCAGAUAACGCAUUCAUAAUCAGCUUGUAGUGACUGUCAUCCUCCAGAGUGACCCAGAAUGCACACUUUUGUCAUCCUAAGUGACAAGAGCAGCCUUCUUCAAUCUGACUGGCUCUGGGUGCGGCGAGCAGUAAAUCCAACACAUCUGAAAAAAUGUCAGGUUUUGUUUGAUUUCAUCGCUAGACUGCCUCAUAUCCAAAGCUCCUUGGGUGUACCACAAAAAAUUCAACCCCAGUGCACAACAUGGUAAAAACUCUUAAAAAUACAAUGUUUAAAAGCAACAUCAAACAGCUAAAAAUGUUUGCAUUAAGAAACCGGGACCUGAAAAAGCAAGGGACGCUAAAAGCUGAACUAAGUGGACGACUCAGAAGACUCUGACCUCACCCCUCACAUCAGCCUUGGAAAGCGACGGCACCGAGGCAUCUGCUUCUGUGCAAGCUAGAGACAACCCAGCACUUCACCCCUGCUCUCAGGUGUGUAGAAGAAAGAAGCUUGAUCUCACACCCAUGUGCGGAUCCUGAAUGGAGGCCGUGGUGGAAGCUGCGUGUUGCUGAUCGGCAGCACUUUUCUUGGAGAAGCUAAACUGGCUGCUGGAGGGUCAGCUAGAGACCCACACGAGGCAUCAGUGGACUCAGCUUGCUUAAAUGGUAGAACAUGAGACAAUUUCUUGCAUGCGCUGACUCAGACCGAUAUGUACCUAACAGGGCAAGGGGGACCCUUUAUUUACAGCUCCUGCACGAAUACGUCAGCAUUUAUUUUAACCUCAUUCCAUUAGGCAUCGAAGAGCUGAGGUGAGCAUUCACGGCGGGGACUGUCCGGAGAGCCAUUCCAAGAAGCACAUUGAUGUUUUGGGCUCCGGUUUCCUCUAGGAAUAACGCCUUUUGGCCUGUUAUUCCAGGCUCCGAGGAGAUAUUGGAGAGGGAGCCAAGGGUCUCCAAUCAAAUUACAGUGGAGCGUAUUAAACUGCGACUGUGGCGAGAGCCAGGGCAGAUAACAAGAGCAGAAAAUAGCCAGCCAGCUUCUCCAAACAGCGUAGCCUCUACCAAAAGAAAGGGAAAUGAUGUGAAACAAAGCACUUUUCUUUUGUGUUCUCAAGCUCUAAACAAUUUCACUUUUUUUAACUAGUGAAAGGCUGUUGUUUUGUUGUGGUGGGCACAGAGAAAAGGAGAAAGGAGAGGUAUUUUCGCCUUACCAUGCCCCUCAUUAAACAAAAAACAAAAAAACAGGAUUGCGCUCUCUCAUCCCUUCUGCUAUUAUUCUGUUAGCCUAGGGCCCUGGUGUCCUUGGAAACUGUAUCCAAGGUUACAGUAUGUUCCCAGACUUCAUUGUGUUGGGCUUUGCUUUUUCAUCUUCUGGUUUUGACUGCCGGUUUCCCAGCCAGGCAAAGGGUUUUCCAAGCCUAACCCCUCCCUCCUCCUCUUUGCUUUAAAAUGCAUGCACUUUUUUUCCAUGGGUGGGAUAUCAGCACCCCACUGAAGUGUUGUUGUUUUGGCUGGUGCUGUCGCUUUGUUUUUAAAUGUGCAGGUGUGGAGUCUUGCAAGUUGUGCGCUGCCUGCCCGAGCAGCGUCCCUUUUCUCUUUUGGGGUUCACUGCAGCUUUUCCUUGCAUCUGCUUUUAGAAAGUGUGGUAGCCCUUGGGCUCUGCCGGUUCCUAAAUGAUGCCCUUGCCCCAUGUCCAUUUCCUUGCGUCAGUCACAGUGCGCCUCUAAAGGGUGGGUCAGAAGGACCCAAAGUGGCACGUGGCGGGAAUCCGAACUUAACGUUCGGGACCUUCCGUGUCACAGACCCACAAAGGCUGCAUGUGAUCGCGGAGCUGCCUUUAUCCAACCCGUUACGGUGGGCAUUGAUUACUCUGGCCUGCAGGCAUGUGGGCAGCGUAACCACCAGACUGGGCUCUCUGCAGCCAUUUUGUUGGCUUUUAUAGGACCAGAACAUAUUUCAUGCACUGGCGGCCAGAUCGGGGUUGGGACAAGGUACCAAAAAGAACUGGGGCCCCAGCUCCCAGGACCAAAGACAUGCACAGAGGUGCAGAUGCUAAUUCACGUGUUUCCUAAAGCCUCUCUCUGCAUAUGUUUCUUUACCAGAAGCCUGUCUCCUAAGGGCACCCCUAUUUUUGAAAAAGGGAUGUAUGGAUAGAGGAGUGGAAAGCUUUUGACUUCAGGGGAGAAAGUUCAGGCGGCAAGAACUGCAGCACGUGCAGGCAAAGAGCUGGCUGAUCUGGGGCGCCGGUCCAGCAGUGGUCAUCAGGGCCCCUGGACUUCUCUUCCCCUGUGCAGCGACAGCAGGAUGGCACUUCUCAGAGACGUGGGCUCUCGAGAGACAUGGGGCUUCAGCCCUAGUGGGCUGCCCCAUAACAGGAUGCCUGGAUCCCCAUGGCACCACAACGUAACUCGCUGUUUCUUGAGUUCUCUCUCACUCUCAAGGAGCGCAGGAGAGCGUCUUCAAAGCCUCCUCCGCUCCCUGUGCAGCCCUCGGAAAGACGGACAAGAAGGGCCCCCCACAGGGGUGUUGUCCAACCGUGUGCAGGAUCGGUACCACAGUGGCCUGCGCAGAGACGGCUAGUCACACGCGCCUCACUGAAAGUGAGCAGCAGUUUCAUUGCAGCAAAGUGCCGGUAGCUUUCAAGGGCCUCCUUUGUUUUGGAGCAGGCCCGUAUCUUCCCAAGGUGCAAGGAUGUGCCCCUUUUUUAAGGCUAAGGGGGGAUUUUGGGGGAGGAGGGAAAAAGUUCUUCGGCAAACCAUUCCUGUAAAUAUUCAGGCUCACUCUCUUUAAGUCCCUGGGAAUCCACACAUGUGGGCGAGUUUGGAAGGUUUUGCCGGAGAGCAGCAUUUUGGCAGGUGCCUUCUUGCUCCUGUGCGCGCUCCUAGUGGACUUUCUGCUGGACUCGGUUCCUUUUUCUGCGUUGUAACGGCAGAGGAAAAGUAUCCCCUUGGAAACAUGGCUGUAUCAUUGGCAUGUCAAGGGGACUGGGUAUGAAGGUUUGCCCUGUCACCCCCUCUCCCAAAAAGAAAGCCCGUGUGAUGUAGUGGUUCAGAGCUUGGGACUUAGGUGGUCUGGGUUCUAGUUCCCACUCAGCUUUGGAGCCACCUGGGUGACUUCAGGCCAGUCACAGGCUCUCAGCCCAGCCUACCUCACAAGGUGGUUGUUGGGGGAACAAGACUGAGAAAAGGCAGAGAAUGAUGUAAGCCACUUUGAGUUCUUUACGAAAGAAAAAGGCAGGCUAUUCAUCUAAUUAAAUAAAAUUAAAGCUGGUGUGGCAUUACUACCUUAGCUUGUAUAAAUGCUAUGCUUUCUAUUAUUUAAUUCAGUUUUUUAGUGGAUUAAAAAUGUUGUGUAGGUUCAAAAAGAGCUGCAUCAUUGUGAAUGCUUUCCCCCCCCUUUAAAGUGUGUGUGUACCUUCCAUCGCUGUCUCAGCUGCCUCUGGAAUGCCUUUGUGGUUGGCAUGGCUGUGAUUUAAUGCCUGGUUUUACUUGGUCAUGUGGUGUUGCUGAUACCUUUUAAAAGAGGAGGUGAAUGAGACUCUCCCUUUGAAAAAGCUGGAUUUAUUUUGCUUGAAGUGGUGUACAAACCCCGUAUUGAUCCCUGUGAAAUCCCGAAUAAAAUACUCUCUCCUUUUCCCACCCCAUUUUUACUUUAUAAAAAGGCGGUGUGGUCAGUUGUUGAAGUUUAAUAAAACCUCAAAUGAA